UUUCCCUGUUUAUUGCAACCACUACGUACUACAAACACACACACACACACAAUGGAACAACUCAAGAAAGACGUCUAUUCCGAAGAAAACCCAGUCGCUAAACUCGAGACAAAGUAUGCUCUCACAAAAGUGUCAUCUACUGGUAACACCACCACUCUCAUGGGCAACUACCCACUUGAAUCAUUUAGAGAGAAUGCCAGAGGAACAUAUGGUGGUGAAUUAAUAGCCCAAGGAAUAAACGCCGCUUGGGAAACUGUGCCCCAUGAUAACUUCCAUCCACAUUCACUCCACUGUUACUUCGUUAAACCAGGAUCUACUCAAUCACCAAUACGGUGGGAAGUGGUACACAUUAGCGAUUCCCGUAAUUUCGCUAACCGGAUGUUGAUGGGAUACCAGUCGCACACCAACAAGCUUAUAUUCACCUUGCAAUGCUCAUUUGCCAAGGAUAAUGAUCAAGCUAAACGUGAUUUGGAGUAUAAGGAAAGUAAAGCUGCGGGAGAACCAGUCAAGUCUAUCCCAUUCACAUUCAAGAAGAGCCCCAAUGAACGGUUUUUCCAAAUGAAGGAGAAGUUACAUGAUAUGGAAGAUAUGAUAUAUUUUGAACAUACUAAUGAAAACCUUGCUCAUGCGGUACCGAAGGAAUUUUUCCGUCCUAGUAAACAUAUUGAUUUGAAUAGUGUCGGGAAUAAAGAAUUUGGGUUGUUUGUUAAAGUGCUUGACAAUUACAAGUUGGGUAAAGAUUACGCCCAUCAAUCACAUUUGGGACUCGCAUUUGCUUCCGACUCGUUAUGGUUGGCUACUAUAAUUAAAGCUAUUGGUUUGCCACUCACUGCAGACGAGGCAGAUUUCUUUAGAGUCAGUCUUGACCAUUCUUUAUAUUUCCAUGAUUUCGAUUUCGAUUCUAGUGAUUGGAUUUUCUUGGACUAUAGAUUUGUCAAUAUGGGAAAUAAUCGUAUCUUGACUGUGAUUAACUUUUUCAGUAUUGACGGCAAACCCAUUGCUACCGCGGUGCAAGAAGCAUACGGGUUCUUACCAGAGAGAAUGAUCAAUGCUUCCAAGGAAUUACAUGAUAAGUUUAUUAGGGCAGAACAGAGUUCAAGGUUGGAUGCAAAGUUAUAGUAUAUCAAUAGAAUAUUUAAUUUGUUACAGACUCCCGUCUCCCCUGUAGUUGUAAGGUAUUGCGGCGAUGUUAUUAACACACCACUGUUGUGAUGAGAACUUAAGGGGAUAAUAUAGUUACACACACAACAUAUUAUGAUAUGACUUUUGCUUUUACACGAGGGAUGGAAAGUUGCCUAUAAAUAGCUCCCGGUUUAUUCACCUUUCUCUAAACUUUUAUAUUAGAUAAUCAUCAUCAAUUAUACAUUAAAAUGUUU